GGAUAAAAAGACCAACAUGACUUUGGUAGCGGCGAAACACAUUUGUAAAAAAGUUGAUAUUUGAUAUAUACAAAGGUAAAAUGAACAAACGAAAAUAUAUAUCUUUAACUACAAGAAGAAGACUGCUACAUUACAAAGAUUUUUGAAAUAAAACAUGGGAAUUAAACAUCUAUGUGGUUACAUUCAACGACGUAAUGUUGUAAAAAAAUACCGUCUUCGGGAUACCAAAUUAGUCAUAGAUGGGAAGAAUCUUUGUCACGAGUUAAUGGAAAAAUCAUACACUGGCACCAAAUAUGGUGGGAAUUAUGAUGUAUUCUCAGAGCACGUGGAAAUGUUUUUCAAUUUAUUACGAAAUUGCAACGUUCAACCGUAUGUUGUCAUGGAUGGUGCUCACGAUUCCGACGAUAAAAAGUUCAUUUGUCUCCUAGAAAGAUGCGAGAAAAGGAUAUCUAACACAUCAAAUGGCAGGAAGAAAUACUUCCCAAUCUUGUCCCACAGAUGUUUCACUUACACUAUAAAAAAACUUGGCAUUCCAAUCGAGACAUGUAACUACGAAGCUGAUCAUGAAAUAGCCAGUCUUGCUAAUUCUUGGAAAUGUCCUAUUCUGUCAAACGACAAUGAUUUUUACAUAUAUGAUCUUCCGGGAGGAUUUAUUCGCUUAAACGAUAUAAAAUUCAACAGACAUACUAAAACUGAGUACUCAACAUAUAUUGAUACUUCAAUAUACUAUACAGAGAAUAUUCAAGAAUCGUUUGGAAUUUCAGCACCUGUGUUACCGCUUCUUGCGGUCUUUCUGGACAAUGACUAUUAUAAGUUGGAUAAGGCAAUUAUUGAGCAGUUCGUGUCAAAAGAACUGAACAUUUCACACAAACAAGCUAAACACAAGCUUAAGAUGCCAAUCGAUGUUAUGAUAGAAGUAUUACGAUCCUUCGCCGAUACAAGUGAGGGUAUCGAUGCUUUGACGAUAUGUCUUGCUGAUAUCACAUUCUUAUCGAAUGAAGAGAAAUGCCAAAUCAUCGACAACGCAAACAUUAUUUUAAAACAGUUUACUUUGCAAAAUAUAACCGAAACAGAAAACUCUAGUCUCUUUAAUUCGGAAGCAAAGAUUGAAGUAACGCCAGCAAUACCAUUUCCAUCUUGGCUUACUCAAAGUAUUCGGAACUGUGACAUAUCGCCUUUCAUUAUUAAUGUUCUUGACAAAAGAGUUUUACUGAAACCCAAUCUUGAAGACUUAACACAAGAAUUCCUGUACGAAAUGACAUCACCGAUACGUCAAAUCAUAUACAAGAUGGCGACUGGCAAACAAUUACAGGAAGUGAUCGUCGAACACCACAGAGAAAACUGUCACAUGGUGCAAACACGAAUUUUUCCUAUGACUAGUAAUUUGAAACUAGGCAAAAUACCCUCUUUGAAUAUGAUGCAAGGUAUUGAGGAAGAAGAAAGAUUAUCGUUUUUAGCAAGAACUUUCCAGUUUCCAUUAGAAAACUUAGUAAUGAUUCCGAAGGUGUCUAGAAUGUUCAUACUUGCUUUAAACUACCUCGCUAAAAAUUCUGGAUUGAAGGAAUCAACAAAAGGCUUAAAAUUCUGUUGUUUAGUCACAUGCUUCUGCUGAGCAAAGAAUAUGGGCAUAUCUAUGAUCUCCCUGUAGAUUCAGCGUGUGUAAAUAGAGUUUUUGAAUACUGUGCAGACGACAGCAGUGUGCCAUUUGAUAUUGCACUGUUACAUGAAUUUCAGAAACUUCAGGUUGUGAUAGACAUAUUAUACGAUCUAAAUGGCCUAUUCAUGUUUCCUUUGGAAAUCCUGAACCCAAACGCCAUGUACAAAGGUGGGCUAAUGUAUCCACUGUUCACAAAAACAGACAACGAGGAACAUGUCGAUAGAAUAAUAGAGACAUGUCUUGAAAAGGAUUCCCCGUUGAGGAUAACAUUUUUAGAAAUUUUAAAGUUGCUUUUAGAAAACCUUAAAUAAAUGCAUAAUAAAGCAGUAUGGAACGGGAAUUAUCAAAAAUGAAACUCGAAGUUUAUGGCACCAAUUGCUGAUUUCGAAAUACAAUUAGAGAGUUCUAUAAAUGGCCUAAUCUGUGAACGUAUACUCCAUUCGUCUUAUAUUUACUAUCUUAGAUAUGGUUUACUGGAAUUCAUCGUUGUUAAAAAUGGUCUACAUCCACUUCAUUUGAACGUUGGUGGAUAGUUGUCUCAUGACAAUCAUACCACAUCUCCUUAUUUAUAUAUAUGUAGUUUCAGAUAAGACAAUGGUCACUAGUGUGUGUUACAAAUGUAUACAAAGCAGGAGUUACUAUAUAGCUGUGGAGUAGUUGAGUAAUUUUAUCCAAUUUUGGAUAUUUUUGCCCUGUUAACCAUAAAACUUCGAUCUGAAAAAAUAA